AUGCCUCCGUUAAAUUUGCAAGGACUUAAUCUUGUUCAUACUCCUGCACAACAGGAUGCUCAUGACCUACUAGCAUCCCCACCUUUCCCCGACUUCUCAGCCCACCUUGACCUGUGGACAAAUCUUGCUUUCGAGGCUGAGGAGCCUGUCGCUCGUAACAAGGGAAAGAGAAAGUCGGUGGAUGAUUCGGAAGAUGACACUCCCGCUUCUCCUUUAGGCCUGCCUACUCAUGAUGGCCAUGAAAACGUUGUGCACCCUGCCAGCACUACCAUCACUCCCCAGUCCGGAGCCCAAGCACCACAGCUUGAUCUGAAUGCGCUGUUGGCUGGAUUUGGGAUAGACCCGUUCUCACUCCCACAAUUGGCACCCUCACCCGCGGAGAACGCGGCAGUCCCAUCGCUUGCGCAAUUGCUUGCUAUGCAUACUGCUCAAGGUGGAACUUACUCUGUUCCCCCUCCUCCUCCCGUUGUACAUGCCCAGCCUACCUCAGAGUCCGCUACUAAGCGGGCUCGUACUUUGAAAAGUUCAGCUACAGAGUCAUUCGACCCUGCAUCCCCGGCUUCGCCUACUGGGGAAGAGACCCAAGGUGAUUACCCCAGUCCAGUAUCCGCUGCUGAAGACAAGCGCCGCCGCAACACCGCCGCUAGCGCACGGUUCAGAUUGAAGAAGAAGGAACGGGAAGCGGCGCUUGAGCGACGGGCAAAAGAGCUUGAAGAACGUGUUGUAGAGCUGGAACGGGAGUGCGAAGGACUGCGUAGGGAGAAUGGGUGGUUGAAGGGACUUGUGGUGGGCGUAACGGGCGCUGGUACCAAAUAG